AUGGCAGACCAAAUCACCCAAGGCCCAGGCCCCAGAGCUGACCAAAAGGUCGCCCUCGUCACGGGAGCCGGAGCCGGGGGCAUCGGCGGCGCGCUCGCCACGGAGCUGCACGCGGCGGGCUACUUUGUGAUAUGCGCCGUGCGACGGCUCGGGGCCGCCAGCGAGCUCCUGAAGCCGGGCAUCGUGGCCGUCGAGCUCGACGUCUCGUCGACGGCGUCGGUCUCGGCGGCCGCGAGGAGCGUCGCCGCCAUGGCAAACGACGAGCUCCAUGUCCUCGUCAACAAUGCCGGGUCCGCCACGCAUAGGCCGGCGCUGGACCUCGACGUCGACGGCGUCGUGGCCUCCAUGUUCGACGUCAACGUCUUGGGCGUCAUGAGGGUCGUCAAGGCCUUCUCCCGCCUCCUCGUCAAUGCCAAGGGCGGCGGGUGCAUCGUCAACAUUGGCAGCGUCGCCCCCAUUGUGCCGCUGGCCUACUCCUCGGCGUACAACGCCACCAAGGCGGCGCUUCAUGCCUACGGCGACUCGCUCCGCAUGGAGCUCAAGCCCUUUGGGUGUGUUGGCUUUCCUUGGGCCCGCCAUGUCGAAUUCUUGUCCGCAAGUCCGCUGACCACUGACCGGCCUCGUCGCGCAGGGUCGACGUCGUGA